CACACGCAUCACGUGCCUGGCUGUCUAUCUGUCUGUUUGUAAAGGCGAGGAGAGGAUCCAGCAACCAAACACACCGGCUGAAGCUCUCACCUGGAAAUUGUUACCAAUGGAUGCAGCAGAGUUCCGGCGCAGAGGGCGGGAGAUGGUGGAUUAUGUGGCUGACUACCUGGAGAACCUGGAACAGCGACCCGUUUACCCAGAUGUAGAACCAGGGUAUCUCCGAUCCUUGAUCCCUACCGAGGCUCCAGUAGAUCCAGAGACAUAUGAGGAUAUUAUGAAAGAUGUGGAGAGGGUCAUAAUGCCGGGCGUCACCCAUUGGCACAGCCCAUACUUCUAUGCCUAUUUCCCAGCAGCUUCCUCUUACCCUGCCAUGUUGGCUGACAUGCUGUGUGGAGCUAUUGGCUGUAUUGGAUUCUCCUGGGCUGCCAGCCCAGCCUGUACAGAGUUGGAGACAGUGAUGUUAGAUUGGCUGGGGAAGAUGCUCCAACUGCCUGAGUGCUUUAUAGCAGGGACUCAAGGCCAUGGAGGAGGUGUCAUCCAGAGUACAGCAAGUGAGGCAACCCUCAUGUCUUUGCUUGCUGCCCGCUGUAAAGCAGUCCGACAGGUCCAGGCCUCUAAUCCAACAAAGUUAGAGGCCGAAAUCCUCUCCAAACUGGUGGCAUACACAUCUGAGCAAGCUCAUUCCUCAGUGGAGCGUGCAGGUCUAAUCGGAGGAGUAACGAUGAGGAAAAUUCCCACAGAUGACAGUUACGCUGUCACUGGGGACACCUUUAAGAAGAUGGUGGAGAAGGACAAAGCAGCUGGACUCAUCCCUUUCUAUUUAUGUGCAACUCUCGGCACCACUCCAUCAUGUGCUUUUGAUCACAUCACCGAGCUGGGGCCUAUAUGUAAAGACGAACAUAUGUGGAUGCACAUUGAUGCAGCAUAUGCCGGGAGUGCAUUUAUCUGUCCUGAAUUUAGGCCUUUGUUGAACGGUGUUGAGUUUGCAGACUCUUUCAACUUCAACCCACACAAAUGGCUUUUAGUCAACUUUGACUGCUCUGCUUUGUGGGUAAAGAAGAGAUCAGACAUCAUAGGAGCCUUUAAGAUGGAACCACUAUACCUGAAACAUGAAAACCAGGAGUCAGGACUGGUCACAGAUUACAGGCAUUGGCAGAUACCACUGGGAAGAAGAUUUCGCUCACUAAAGAUGUGGUUUGUCUUCCGUAUGUAUGGGCUCAAUGGACUGCAGGCUCAUAUACGCAAGCAAGUGAGCCUGGCCAAAGAGUUUGAGAGUCUAGUACGAGCUGACAAGAGGUUUGAGAUCUGUGCUGAGGUCAUCAUGGGACUGGUCUGCUUCAGGCUCAAGGGCUCCAAUGAGCUGAAUCAGACCUUGCUGAAAAGGAUCAGCAAGAGCAGAGAGAUCCACCUGGUGCCAUGUCAGCUCUCAGACCGCUUUGUCCUGCGCUUCGCCAUCUGCUCACGCACCACUGAGUCACAUCACAUCCAGCAAGCAUGGCGGCACAUCACACAGCUGACGUUUGAGCUUCUGCAGGAGCCUGCUCAUUGACUAAUAGGCAGGGAAGGGCCGUCCACUCUGAUGCUUAAAUAAGGACCAAAGUUAAGAGAGUUAAGAGUUUCAUGUUGCAGAUAUGAAAUGCCAUUAAAGGGAAUGAAAGGGGAUUUCACAGCUCACUUUCAAGUCAGGUAUGUUUCUUUUUGCAGUCAGUUUAUCCAGUCCAGUAGGUAGUAGGCUGAUGACACAUAUAUGUGACAACAAAAAUUAAUUACGCAUCCACAGAAACCCAAAUGUCACAUUUUUUAUCUGCAACUGAACUUCAUUAUCCCUCCUCUGACAUAGCUUUUAUCUCAUACUGCUUAAUUAACUUUACUCUCUUUACUGUCUAUGCGGCUUCUGUGGCAUUGGUGUUAAAUUUGCUUUGGGGUAAUUCAAACUGAAUUCUGCAAUGAAUGUAUUGCACAUUGUGUGUGUAAAUGAUUUUAUGUGUUUUAAUGUGUCUGCAACUUUAUGUGGGUAAGCAUAAAAAAAAGCUUUUGUAAAAAUAUAUACAUGUUUGGUGAUACAUAUUUAAAUGAAAGAGUAGAAUGAGUUGGAAAAGUAUACAAAAAAGAUCACAUUCACAUCACUGGUUGGUUAUACUCUAUAUUGUAUGGAAGGCAUCAAAGAUCAUGUGAAGUUUAAAAAGAAAUUCUACUAUUGCUGUUGAGACUUGAAACCUUUUUAUAAUUGCAUUCAUUUAUUUAUGACACUAUUAGCAAAAGUAGCUUUGUUUAAUAUAUAGUUGCGAUUAAGACAGGCAAGGACCAAUCUUUAUUAUUAAUUUUAUUUUGCAGAAUUUAUAUUAAUUCAUAGAGUCUUUGACUGUAAGCCUGAAAUGAGAAUGAAAUUAUGCCUUUGAUUUCUUCUCUUAUGGAGAAUACUCACAGUCAUUAGAUUUACACAGGGAAUUUAUUAGUGACACAGACUUAACAUUAUCACUUGAUCCCUGAUUUAGCCCUUUGUGUCUUACUGCACUUACGAGGAAUCUAGGCUCCUCCACAUCCCACACAUUAGUCUCACAUCAUAUACAGUAUGUUCAACUUAAAGCUUUAAAUCAAGAACAAUAACCCUGCCGGCUGUCAUUAUAUUUUUGUCAUCAUGGUUAGUGGGUUGCUGAUUGCCCUCACAUCUCUUUUCCAGGAGACGUGUAACUCAGUGAUGUAAUGUUGUCAGUUCUAUGAUUGUUUUGAAGUACGCUGCUUUUAAUGAUCAAGGUGGGGUUUUUUUUAUUUUGGGCUUGGCUGUGUUCUGCAUGAAAUUACAUGGGUUCAUUCAAUAAAGUCGAUUGUAGUCUGCACAGGGUUUGAAUUCUAUGCACUGUACUAAUUAAAUACCAGAGGGAUGAAACUCGGAACUGUGACUGUAGUGUGGCUCUAAAAUAGCAACCCAGUCACAGAGAACACAACAUGUUAGACACAGCACAAAUAGCCUUGUGAAACCACUGGAUCUGAUCGGAGGUUGUGUGAGUGUAAUGCACCUCCGCUGUCCCUCUACUGCAGUGUAAUCAAUUAAAUGUGACAGGCAUAGAAACACACACACACGACGAACAUGAACCAUCACGUUGGGCCUCUCAGCCUCCUCUGAGCAUCUUAAUCCCUGAGGACAAAGGCCAGCGUUCUAUAAAUACAGAUGAGGAUUCGGUAUUAGAGGUUAAUUCUAGCCCCGAUUAUGGACCUGCUCAUUCACUUUCUUCAAAUGCUAGAUUUAGUUCAUUCUGCUUGUAACUUUAUGAUACAAGACUAGCUGUAUACAAGAAGAAUUGGUCUCUAGUAAUGUGUGUGAUCUGCAGAACAACUAUCACAUUACAGCUGGUUGAGAAAAUGGCAAAGAGAAAGGACUGUCCUGACUAGACUGUAAAAUUGAAUGAUGGGACACAUGGGACAUAACAACGCUAUUACAAAGAUCCUUGUACCAAACAUAGUGCACUUGACCUGCACAACCUGUAUGAAUAAAACAUGUGCU